AUGCUCUUCUCAUCAACAGCAGCGACAGCGCAGCAGACGCUCCCUUACGUCCCGACGACGAUCCUCCUCUCCCCAUCCGUGCCCGGAACCCCCACCAAUGCCAGCGGCCACGGCCUCGCCUACAUCUUCCACCACGCCGCCGACGGCGUCGAGCUCCUCUCCCUCAACGUCUCCGCGACCGUCGACGGCCCCGCGAGCCUGCAGACGAUAUCGAGCACCCUGCCCUUCCUCGACGGCGCCACCAAGACCACCGCCUUCCUCCCCGCCAUGGCCGACAACGGGACCCUCGUCGUCCAGGCCGGCGACUGCGCCGCCGACGACGGGUACGACGUCUGGUCCUACACGUCGGGGUCGUGGUACCGCACGGCCGCGGCGCUGCCGAGCUCCGCGGACUCGGACGCCGGGCCGUACGCCCUCGGCGCGGGCAUCAGCUUCUCCGCGACCCUGGCGCCGACCAUGUCGCAGCCCGUGCUGUACUCUUUCGGCGGCAUGUGCCUGAGCCCGACGACGGACGCCGCGACAUGGCAGGAGAACGGGACGUACACCAAGUCCAUGCUCAGGGUCGCGCCGGGGGACGGCUCGUCGUCGUCGUCGGACGGGGGGUACACGGCGAGUUUCAUCUCUUCGAAGGGUCCGGCCUUCCCCGAGGCCGGGUUCUCGUUUACGCCGCUGAGCCCGUCCAUCUCGAACCGCUCGGGCGUGGUGACGCAGCAGAAUCGGUAUGUUUUGCUGGGCGGGCAUACGCAGCAGGCUUUUAUUAAUAUGAGUUCCGCCGCGAUUUGGAAUUUGCCGGAGGAGUCGUGGAACUUUGCGACUGUUGGUGCGGUGAGAGCUGGAAGUAGCGAGCUCGCUGUCAAGGGCGUUGUGAAGCGCAAUGCGGAUGUCGAGAGUCGAUCGGGGCAUACUGCUAUUCUCAGCCAGGACGGCACCGCACUUAUCAUCCUGGGCGGCUGGGUCGGUAGUAUUUCACAGGCUGCGUCGCCGCAGCUGGCUGUUUUGAAGAUGGGAGAUACUUAUGGGGACUGGACGUGGGAGAUACCCAGCCAGCAACCCAGCGGCGGGAUUUACGGACACGGCGCGGCGAUUUUGCCCGGGAAUGUCAUGAUGAUAUACGGGGGAUACGAAAUUACGGGCUCCGGGUCGAGGACUAAGAGACAGUCCAGCGGUACCGGGCUCAGGUUCCUGAACAUGACUUCGAUGUCGUGGACGACGAGCUACUCAAAUCCGAGUUAUGAUGGGUCCGAAAGCACAAGUAGCGGAUCCAACAACGACGAAAUCAAGAAAAUCGGCUUAGGCGUAGGGCUGGGCGUCGGACUCGCGGCCGUCCUGGGGGCUUUCCUGGUGUAUUUCUGCUACAAGAGGCAUCUGAAGAAGAGGAGGAUCGCCCGAGACGAAACAGUACGGUCCCUGGCGCAGGAUGCUUCCCAAUUCCUACAUCCGGAAGACGACAUGCUUGAGCGACACGACUCUUCGACGUUCCCUUGGACAAGUCACGUCUGGUACACUGGAGGCCACGACCCCUACGAUAACGGCGCGAGGGUCUUGGGCUACGAGUCUCUCCGUAAUCAAGGGGGCUACGGCACAUAUCAACCGCCGGGCCUCCUCAUCCCACGCAAGCCCAUUCCGCGCGCGGCAAGAGGGGCAUACCAACCAGCCACGAACCUGACCACCCCGGGCCACAUCCACCCGAUCUACGAAGCCGACGAAGACGACCCAGACGGCUCCAAGGCCCGCCAGCGUGCCCAAGAGCAGCCCGUCACUCCCACCACGCCUGGCUACCCAGACCCGUUCACCACACCCACCGGCUCCGGCCCCGUCCCGGUCCUCGUCCCCGGCAACCGUAACUCCAUGACUCCCUCCCCCGAGGCUCUCCUAAGGCGCGACCCGGAGGUGCAGGACUGGCAGUCAGACGUAGACGCCGCAGAGGCCCUGUUCGCGCAGAUGCCGGCGCGCAGGAACACGGGCAAGCGGUCCUCCCCCUCGCGGCGGGCCUCGAUGCGUUCGCGAGCGAGCAUGGCCGACGACGAGCGCACGGCCAGCAAUGUUUCCGAGUCGGCAAGGAGCGCCAUCAGCGUGCCGACCCGCAGCGCGUCCAACAAACGGAACAGCACUGGCCCUGGCGCGAAUCUGACGAUUAUCACGGACACGCGCGUCGGGACAUCCAGCUCCUCGAGCAGCAGCGGCCACACAUACUCCACCGCCAAGACCACCUUCAACGCGCUGCAGGCCGAGGGACCCUCGCUGCUGCACCGUGGCCAGAAACCCCUCAACGAGACGCCGGACCGGGACGACGACGAGGAGGACUUCAUCCACAUCCCGAGCAGCCCGAGCAAGCACAAGCCGCGGCGGUCGCUGGGGUGGUUGGGGAGUCUGCGGAGGGUGUUCAGCGGGAACCCGAACGAGUCCGGGGAUUCGAGCAAGGAGGACGACGGGCCGCGGCGGAUGUCGCUCGACCAGGUCAGCUCGGACUACGAGCCGCGGCUGGUGGGGUUGUCGGGCAUCGGGGGCGCGGAGUUGUUGAGGCGGAAGCAGGGACGGCAGGACUGGGACGUGGAUCAGAAGAGUAUCAUGGACGAGUGGGAUAUCGAGAAGGCCAUCGAGCAGAGGCUCGUGCAGGUCAUGUUCACGGUGCCGAAGGAGAGGUUGCGUGUCGUCAACGCCGAGGUCGAGAAGGAGGAGGAGGUCGUCCUCGUCGACCCCGACCAGGACGAUCUUCUCGACGACGAGAUCUUGGACGAGAAGGUCGGUUUGGUCGGGUACAGGGACAGCAAGGGCAAGGGCAAGGGUAAAGAGGUGGCAGAGGAGCGGGACAUCACGAUGGCGUUCAGCAGGCCGGAGUCGCCCGGGGAGCCGACGUCGCCCGAGCGGGGACGGAGACUGGUGCAUCUCCCGCCGCCCAAGGACGACGACGGCGGGCUGCGGGUGACGGAGAGGGACGGAUCCGAAGAGCCGCGGCCGAGUCUGACGUUACGGACGGCGGAGGUUGUGAGCGUCGCGAGGCCGAGGACGAGGGUCCUCAAGAUGGUGGAGAAUAUCGAGACGAAGAGCCGGGAGAGUAGUCCUUCGCUCGGCUAG